AUGAAUCCAACUAUCUUCUCGAGGGGUGCAUAUGAAGAAGUGCGAGGGGUCGACAUGUCAUCCGAGAAGACGACUGCGACGUGGUUGCGCCACGAUGCCGAUCUGAGUAGUCUUGAAUCUUUUGAGAAAGAUGUAGCUGCUACCAUCGUGCCAGAGCAUGCGCAAGAGGUUGACGCUGUAGCUGAAAGGAGAGUCGUAAGAAAGAUCGAUCUAUUCUUGAUCCCCUGGAUGUGGAUCGGUUACGGCUUCGUCUAUUACGACAAGGUUAGUCUAAGAGCCUCGGAAAUGCAGUGGGCUAUCCUCAAUGACAUGCAUCAGGCCAUUCUUGGAAGCGCGGUUCUAUUUGGUAUGACCAAAGACCUCUCUUUGACCGUGGUCGACCGCUCGACCACUCCUCCAACAACGUCGACCAGCCGGCUUAGUUGGGCCACAUCAAUGUUCUACUUUGGCAUGCUUGCAGGACUGUACCCGAUGACCUUUCUCUUCCAGCGCUUUCAUCUCGGCCGUGUACUUGGUGUCCUAGUUAUUCUGUGGGGCAUGAUUGCCAUGCUGACGGCAACUGUCACCACCUGGAAAGGACUGUUUGCCCAACGUUUCUUCCUUGGCUUUACGGAAAGCGUAAUCCCCACUGCCUUUAUGUGUAUCGUGAGCGGCUAUUACACGCAGCAGGAACAAGCACUUCGGCAGUCUUGGUGGUUCUCAAGCACCGGUGGCUGGACUGUCAUCGGAGGCGCCUUGAAUUACGGCUUUGCUCAGAUACAUGGAGCACGUCUGGCCCGUUGGCAAUACAUCUAUAUCUUUGCUGGAGCGCUGACGAUAGCCUUUGGUAUUGUAUGCUUUGCUGUGCCCAACUCUCCCGUCUCUGCUUGGUUUCUGCACCCCGAUGAGCGCAUCAUAGCCGUGGAGAGACUGAGGAAGGGCCAAACUGGGGUUCGAUGUCAAAAGUUAAAGUGGCCCCAGAUCAAAGAAGCCGCACUGGAUGUCAAAGUAUGGCUCAUUGCUUUCAUGAUGGCGGGUGCAUACACCGUCAAUGGCGCUGUCAGCGGGUUUGGCCCUCUCAUUGUGUCGACGUUUGGAUACACAACCCUUGAGUCGAUCCUGCUGCAAUUUCCGCUUGGAGGCGUUUGCUUUAUCUUCAUCCUUCUUACAGGCUGGCUCUCUUCUCGUGUUCCAAACAUCAGGCUGAUUCUGCUCAUCAUGUGUUGUUUGCCAGUCAUUGCUGGGUGCGCUAUGAUCUGGAAGAGCUCUUGGUAUCAUCGUGCAGCAACGCCUGUAGCGGGUUAUACAGUCAUAGGCUUUUUCGGACCUGUGGUUAGUCUUAUUAUUAGUAUCGGGAUGGCGAAUGUUGCUGGAGCCACCAAGAAAUCUUGCAUGGCCGCUGCAAUCUUUAUCAUUGGUCCUCAGCUAAUUAAGACCCAAACAUUGAAGCGUCACUACCCAGAACUAUGGCUGGGCUUGAUCAUAUGUGAGACGACAUCGCCGGGUAGGGGCACUGAAAACGAAUCUCUCUCACGAACGCAAUCAGAGACAUCGAGACGCGACAGCAACGAGAGUAAAGCGAGUAGUGGCCUCAGUGACGCAUGGUCCGAAGAAAAGGUCACAGAAUAUUAUACGGAAAAUUGUAAAGCCAUACAAGUACCUGGAGAGAUGGCAUCUAGUACCAAGCUAGCUUCCAAGAAGCGAUCAUCAGGGAAAAAAGUGGAGGGAAGCUCGAAAUGUCAUCAUCAAGGCAGUGACGGAGCGCAACAUGGAGCAAACGCUCAGCAGCCAGAUAGUAGUGGUCGAAAGACACGAUCUGCUGAUUCAAAAUUAAAAUUAGAGAAGGAGCAGCCUCCUCCUUGGAAGACACCAAAUUGGACCAGCGAGGAAAAGCGCAAAGAAGCAGCUGAGAUCAAAAGACUUGCACUCAGCGAAGGUUAUAGCGCUGAUCAGAGUGCCUCUGAAGAUGAAGCACCGAGUCAAAACAGUGAAGAAUUUACACCGCUAUCCGGGCAAGGGACAGCGCCGAUUGAUCAGAACGGUGACACCCGAAAUUCUAGCAAUGAAUUGGACGACUUCGAUAUUGGGAGCAAAAAGGGCAAGGAGCGACCAAAACACAGCGCCAGUAACGGCAAGAAAAAAGAGAAUAGACCCCGGCCACUGCCUACUUUAGCAGGCUCAUCGGGUCAACAUGUCGGAUCAGCAGUUGAGCCAGUAGUGCCGGCUAAAAUACGUGGAAAGGCAAGUAAGGACGCUGUUAGGGACAGGAAUGGACCUUCCAAGAAAUUUAUCCUUGCAGUAGGCGAGACGUUGGACAUUUCUAAUCCAGUCUGGGUCGUUCUCAGCAACCAAGUUCCGCCUCCAGUGAACACUAGUAGCCGACCACAAGCUCCUUAUCCACAUUCUACGGACAUAACGUUGAAUCACAUGAUAUUCACUAAGUAUACAGACGCCAAGGCAAUGGCCGAAGAACUUUCUACUUCUCCGAUGGUCUGGAAAGCCUCUGGCAAUACCGGGGACGAGCUCAAUGAAGUCCGGCGAGGCCUCGAUGGUAAGCCUAUCUGGGUCAGGAUAGAGCAGACGCAUGUGCAGGGCGACCGUCCGCUAUGGAAAUUCUUCUAUGAUGACGAUGAUGAUGUGAUUCCCAAAAAGAAUGCUGAUCGCAGUGGUGAAGCCUCCUCAUCAACGAAACAAGUGACAAGAGCAAAUGAUAGAGCUCAGGGGGCCUCAGGAGGCCACGAAAACCAAGCAGGGCCAUCAAAUAGAAAUAAAUCGACCGGGAAUUUACGAAAUGAGCCUUCUGGUUCAGGUGGGACUGCUGUAGACGAGAUUACAGAGGCAGCUUUUUCGAGAGGAAGUAAGUCUACAAACAAGCGAAAGCGCAGUACUCAGAGGAAUUUUGAGGAAGCGCAAGAUGAGACAGGGCAGCCGAAGAAGACAUUGAAAGCACAGAAGAUCAACACUAGGGUUGCAAAAACAAGUAGCAGUCGACAAGGAGGAAAGCGAUAG